UGGAUCUGAAAGGUAUAAAGUAUGAAGAAUGAGUGAGUACCUAAGGGACCUCUGGCUCCUCUUUAUAUAGCUUAUGAUAGUUAUCUUAUCUUAUAUUAUCUUAUCAUAUCCGACUUAUCCGGCAAAGAUAAGUGAAGUAUUUGAAUUCGAAUCAUCUUAUCAAAUAUAUGUCAGCUAAAGCUCCUCAUUUUAGAUGGCGUGAUAGCUCCAAUUCUUAGCUAUAUGAGUCAAUACUAUGAGCUUGUUGAAAUUGAUCUGUCUUGUAGCUCCAGCAUUAUAUAAGUAUGGCAUGGAAAAAAAGUGAACCUUUUCGUACUAAGCUCUAUCAGAUUUUACUGCAUUGAUUACCGUUUGCAAGGAUGUUAAUGGUGUGAUGUUUCUUUAUUUUGUUCAGUUUCUGCAAAAGCUGAAGUACUUAUAUCUAUCUAAGUGCCCUCAGGUGAAACAAAUUCCAGAUCUUUCUGAAGCUCCCAAUCUUGAAAUUCUUCACGUUGAAUAUUUGAUGAACUGAAUGAUUUUCCCUCGUAUCUCACACGCCACAGAGUCUUGUUAAACUUAAUUUAUUGUGUUGCUUAAGUCUUGAAACUCUUGCGAGUAAAUUGGAGAUGAGUUCCCUCAAGGAACUAGAUCUUGGUGACUGCACAAGAAUGAGGAAACUUCCAGAACUUGGAGAAUGCAUGAAACAUUUAUACGUUCGUUCUUUUUCAUACACAGCCAUCGAAGAACUCUACCCACAACGGUUGGAGAAAGGGUUCUGUGUGCACCCUCACAAAUGCGGAGAGGAUCUUGUGCACAUGAAAUCUGGGCAUUUGUUUUGUAUGGAGAAUUGUCUACUGAAGUUGUCCUUUAUGCCACUUUCAUGUUUAGCUCAACUGGCUUCAGUUUGUCCUAAAAAUUCAGAUCACCAUCAUCUACAUUUGAUGCUGACUCUGCAUUAUCAACUCUUUUACCCUUCUCCACAAGGGUGUCGUCCUAUAAAAUCAUUUCAUGAGAUUUUCGAUGGUUUUCGUUGUUUGUAAGGCAAGGAAAGAUUCAU